CAAAUGGAAUAUCCUUUUGGACACCACCACGACGGCCACCACCACCGUCGCGACGACGACGACGACCGUCGAGAAGAGUUUCCACCUCCCGGCCACCGACCACCGUCAUACUACGAUGAACCACCACCACCUCCUCAAGUUGGUCAUGUCUUUCAUACUUCUCAUGAAGGUGGACCACCACCACUGAUGGAACCUAAUUAUGGCCGGCCUCACUAUCCUCCACCGCCGAUGGAUGAUAGUUAUGGUCGGACUAACUAUCCUCCGCCGCCGAUGGAGGAGAACUAUGGUGGAUCUUACAAUCGUCCACCGCCGAGGUCCGAUUACUAUGACGCCCCACCACCACCACCUACUUCCGACUAUUCCUCUGUUGAACACGUGUCUCAUGAGAGUGAGAGUGGUGAUCGGCAUCAUGAUCGUCAUCAUUUUCAACCACAUGUGCCUUCAGCUUUCCACCAUCAAACUUCAGAUCCAGAGCUUAUGGAUAAACCUUCUUUUAGGGUUUAUACUAAGGCUGAUACUAAUUACUCUCUCACUAUCCGUGAUGAAAAAGUUGUUCUGGCUUCUAAUGAUCCAUCAGAUCCAUUUCAACACUGGUAUAAAGAUGAGAAGUGCAGUACUAAAGUGAAGGAUGAAGAGGGAUUUCCAAGCUUUGCUCUGGUUAAUAAAGCUUCAGGACUGGCACUGAAGCACUCUAUUGGCGCCUCUCAUCCUGUGCAGCUCACCCCGUACAAUCCCGACGUUCUUGAUGCGUCAAUCUUAUGGACAGAGAGCAGGGACGUGGGUGAUGGUUAUCGAGCAGUUAGGAUGGUCAAUAACAUUAACCUCAAUCUAGAUGCAUGGAAUGCUGAUAAACAGCAUGGAGGUGUCCGCGAUGGGACCACUGUUUGUCUUUGGGAAUGGUGGAAAGGAGACAACAGGAACCAACACUGGAAGAUCGUUCGCUUCUGAUAUCUUGGCGUGUGAACCAUGGCUGCAAUGGGGUUGAUGUUUGAUUUUUUUCUUUCUUCAUGUGGCUUGUUACUUAUGUUUUACUGUAUUGUAUUGUAUGUCCCUCCAAAACAGUAAAAAGUAACAUGAAAAUAAGAGGGGAAAUGCUAUGCAUAUUGUGGGAGAUGUUGGCUAUAGCAUGUGUGUUCAACUUAUAUUUUU